AUGGUUCACUCAAAUCAGACCUUGGUGACACAUUUCAUUAUAAAAGGUUUUUCAGAAGUUCCUGAGUUUCAGGCAAUAAUCUUCUGUCUUGUUCUGCUAAUUUAUAUCAUUAGUAUUGCUGGUAACUUGAUCAUUGUUAUACUUGUCUGCUUGGAUUCAUAUCUGAAAACCCCAAUGUACUUCUUUUUGUGUAACUUAUCUCUUCUGGAUAUAUCUUCUGUCACUGUCACUCUUCACAAAAUCCUUCUUAUAUACAUAUCAGGAAACAACAAGGUAUCUUUCCUUGGCUGCAUGACACAACUUUUUCUAUUUGUAGCACUGGUUGGUGAUGAGUUGUCAAUACUAACGGCCAUGAGUUAUGACCGCUAUGUGGCCAUCUGUAAUCCCUUACGGUAUCAAGCUCUCAUGAACCAUAGAGUCUGUACCCUUAUGGCCACCAUAUGCUGGUUGUAUGGUUUUCUACAAGCUGUACCUUAUAUCUGUUUAAUUUCCAGCUUCUCCUGCUACAAAUCCAAUGUGAUCAACCACUUUUUCUGUGACAUUGUGCCUCUGAUGCAAAUAACGUGCAGCGAUACCUCUGUAUUAGAGCUAUAUAUACUUACAGGAUCUAAUAUUCUUGUUGGUUUAACGCCUUCAUUCCUUACCUGUGUACCUUAUAUUUUUAUUAUUUCCACUAUACUAAGAAUUCGCUCAAGCACAGGACGUCGUAAAGCAUUCUACACCUGCUCCUCACAUAUCACAGUUGUGGUUCUUCUCUACGUGACUCUUUUCUUCCAAUAUCUUAGACCAGUCUCAAUGAACAAUUUGAACUCUAAAAAACUUUUGUCACUUUUUAACACAGCUGCAGUACCUGUGUUAAAUCCACUGAUUUACAGUUUAAAAAAUAAAGAUGUAAAAUCUGCAAUGAGUCGAUGGCUGAAAAGUUAA